CUGUCAGAGACCGUCAACACAGACAGAAGUGAUUCAUUCUCAUAAAUGAGAAAACCAGCAAUUUUGCUGUUGAAAGAGAUUUACUAUCCACUUCUCGCAGCUGCUUGUCUUCCAGCGAACAUGAUAACAGUUUUUAUUCUCUUACGAAGAAAUUGUGGCCUUUCCAAAUGCAUCUCAACUUACAUGGUGGCCAUGGCAACAGCGGAUCUAUUAGUCAUUAUCAAUAGCAUUAUAGUAUAUCGUAUUUUGAGUUAUCACUUUCCAUUUUCCUUCCUGUCCCACACACCAGUGUGUAAGCUCAUUGUAUAUAUGAUUACCGUGAGUCUCGAUUUAACCGUUUGGUUCACCGUUUCCUUCACAUUUGACAGAUUUGUGGUGAUCUGCUGCCAGAGGUUUAAAGCAAAAUAUUGCACCAAAAGAACUGCAACCACGGUAUUAACUGUCGUCUCAGUCUUGAUCUUGUUAAAGAAUAUACCGGUUUUGUUUGCAUAUGAGCCAGAGAAAAUCAUCAACAAAAUCCAGUGGGGCUGCCGAUCAAGUGCAAGUUUCUUAGCUUCAUCUCCAGGGAUAGCAUUUGUCUGGUUUUACAGUGCCUGGGUUGCUUGGCUUCCAUUCAUCCUCAUGUUCUUGUUUAAUUCUUUAACCAUUCACCGUAUAUUAGUUGCGAACAGGAUUCACAUUGGACUUAAGGGUCACAGAAGUGAGAAUCAUAGCAAUUCAGAAAUGGAAAACCGUAGGAAGUCCAUCAUUUUAUUGUUCUCAGUAUCAAUUAGUUUCAUACUACUUUGGUUAACACAUUCUACGAGUUCGGCCAUUACUAGGCUGUCAAGCCCUAAUUAUUACCGAGGUGACUUGAACAAUCCUGAAUAUAUCGCAACUGAAACAGGACAUAUCCUCAAGUUGUUGAGUUGUUUCCUGAACCCAUGUAUUUAUGCAAUGACCCAGAACAAAUUCAGAGCAGAGCUGAACAAUGUAAUGAAAUGUCUAUUAAACAAAUUCUUUGAUUAACUGAAAAACACGCGGACAAGGCAAAUGCAUUUUAAAUGAUUCUCUUUGAAGCUGAGCCUUAAUUUCGCAUCAUUUUCCACAAUGGAUUCCCUUCGCCCAUCUGGCUGAAAAAUAAAAUGCUUUACUCAGA